AGAGACUGACUCGCCUCGCCUCAUUCCGCUGCUUUCUCAGCAUCCAUUCUGUGAGACCCCAUUCUGGAGAGGAGAGAGCUACCUAACAGGCAAAUUGGAGGAGGAAAAGAGGGAAAAAUCUAUUGAAGAGGGAGGAUAUCGAGGAAAAUAACACAUAAUCAAGGCUCACUGGCAUCCAUUAUCACCUCUUGUAGCUUUGGAAGAGGUGUCUGAAAGUUUCUGUCCGGGGGGGACACCCUCCCCUCGUUGUGGGGAUGAACAGUGGAUGCUGAAUUUCAUUCCUGAAGGCAGGAGGAGAGCUGUGAAUACCGGCUGGAUUCACUUGCAGUGGAGCUGGUAGUGCGCACCAGAAGAGAUCAGUCUCUCACACACGCAUUUUCCAGUAGAAUACAUAUCAUUAUUUCACUGUGCCAAGGUGGAAUAUCAGGCAGAAGCCACCCAAAAGCAAAUCUCCUGAACCAGGGAAGUAAAGGGGAAUGGAUUAUGUAUAGAAUCAAUGAAGGACAUCCUGUUCAAAAAAGUAAGUUCUAAUCAGAAAAGGCUUUGAAUUGGGUUCUGAUUUUGAGAGACUUGGAGGAUUUUUGCAAUUUUUUGUUGUUGUGGAGCAGCACCAAGCUUCAGACAGCUCAUCUUGUGGACUAUAGGGUUCUGGAUGGUAUUUCAAGACUGAAUCUGUGUAGGCACCUAUCCGCUCUCCUGGCAGGAAGCAGACAUGUUCUUUGCCUCUGUUUCAGUAUGACCCUGGAGUAAGUGACCUGUGAAUAGAGUUGCACUGGAAGUUUUCUAAAGGACUUCCUUGCUUCUGUAACAGUGUAUGAACAUCUGACAUUAGGAAGCCCAGCAGAUAAAAGACCGAAAAUAGGGACGACCACAGCAAAAGUAGAGAAAAAAGAAUAGGCCAUGGCUGAGGGGAUGAUUGCUUCUGAAAGUGAACCGUGACAGAAUGGUCGACUGUAUGAGCAAAGUCAUGCUGCACACGGUCAUCUCAUGUUGGCCACCAUUCCUGGGACUGGCCCUCGUGGCUGUCUUUGUGGGUUCCACCCUGGGAUGUCCCUCACGCUGCGAGUGUUCAGCGCAGACCAAGGCGGUUGUCUGUCACCGCAAGCGCAUGCCCAGCAUCCCGGAUGGCAUCCCGACCGAGACAAGGAUCCUGGAUCUGAGUAAGAACAAGCUGACAAUGAUCAACCCUGAUGACUUUUUUGCCUUUCCUGGGCUUGAGGAACUUGACCUAAGUGGAAAUAUUAUUAGUUAUGUUGAGCCUGGAGCUUUUAACGCCCUUUUUACCAUGCACUCACUUAGUCUCAAGAGCAAUCGUAUCAAGCUCAUUCCUCUGGGUGUCUUCACAGGCUUAACAAAUCUUACCCGACUGGAUAUAAGUGACAACAAAAUCGUCAUCCUACUGGAUUACAUGUUCCAGGACUUGCACAAUCUAAAGUUUUUGGAAGUGGGUGACAAUGAUCUGGUUUACAUUUCUCACCGUGCAUUCAGUGGACUUUUAAGCCUGGAGAUGCUAACCUUAGAAAGGUGCAACCUUACAGUUGUACCCACUGAGGCCCUUUCCCACCUGCAUAACCUGGUCAGCCUCCAUCUAAGAUACCUCAGCAUCAGCACUUUGCAUUCUUACUCAUUCAAAAAGCUGUUCCGGCUGCGGCUUUUAGAAAUUGAUUUUUGGCCUUCACUAGACCAUGUGCCAGCCAAUACCCUGCAUGGCCUCAACCUGACCGCUUUAUUCAUAACCAACACCAACUUGUCCUCCUUCCCUUACCAAGCCCUGAAGCAUCUGCCCUACCUGACACACCUGAACCUGUCUUUCAACCGCAUUAGGCACAUUGAAGGGGGGAUGCUGAUGGAACUGGUUCGGCUUCAAGAGCUCCAUCUGGUUGGAGCUCAACUCACCACCAUUGAACCAUAUGCCUUUCAGGGCCUGCGGGGGCUCAAAGUCCUCAAUGUCUCUCAUAACCGACUGGAUACACUGGAGAAGGGUGUUUUUCAGUCUCCCGAGGCUCUAGAGGUUCUUCUGAUUGACAACAACCCCUUGGUGUGCGACUGUCGUCUCAUGUGGAUCCUACAGAAAAGGCACUCCAUCUUCUUUGGAGAUUCACAGCCGGAGUGCAGCACACCUGAAGGUAUUCGUGGCAGGCCUUUUAAGGAGUUUAAGGAGACUCUCCUGUCUUAUUACGUGACAUGUACCAAGCCAAAAAUCCGUGAGAAUAAAACCCAAACGAUCACUGUGGAUGAGGGCCAGCAGGCGAUGUUGCGCUGCAGUGCUGAGGGGACACCAAGGCCCAUUGUGUCCUGGUUGUCCCCACGUCGACGAGUUCUGACAAGUAGGAGCCAUGGUAGAGUUACCCUCCACAACAAUGGCACACUUGAGAUCAAGUCAGCAGAGGUGCAAGACAGCGGAGUGUACCUUUGCCUUGCCUCAAACAGUGCUGGGAAUGACACCCUGAUGACUUCAUUGGCGGUUAAAAGUCUGGGAUCGCUGUACGCUAACCGGACCCAGUACUACACAGAUCCCAGCAAUACCACUGCCAACGGGACGGCCGGUGUGACCCUCGGUUUAGACCUAAAGACUAUUUUAGUGUCAACUGCUAUGGGUUGUUUCACAUUCCUGGGAGUGGUCUUGUUUUGUUUCCUGCUCCUUUUCGUUUGGAGCAGAGGUAAAGGAAAACAUAAAAACAACAUAGAUGUUGAAUAUGUGCCUCGGUCAAAGUCUAACGGCACUAACGUUGACUCGGCAGAGGGACAAGCUGGCCCUCGUCGUUUUAACAUGAAAAUGAUGUGACUUCUUUUAUAGAUUAAAUAUUCUGGAUUGUGGAAAUGCCUAAAGUACAGUGUAUUUUUUUGAAAAUUAACUUAAACUUCCCACUGCUGCCGGAAGAGUGGUAGUGAAUCCGUUUGGGGCGUCAUAACAAGAUGAGAAGUACCUGAAAUUGUGGAUCUUGACAUAAUGCUUGGAUACUGUUUCAAAUACUGAAAGGCAUAGUAGGACAUCCUCUUAUAUGAUUGCCAGCGGGCAAUUUCUUCAACAUGGAUGAGGAGUGAAAACUGUUGCCGCUAUGGGGAUCUGAAGGAAAUAGGUGUCAUUUAUCAGCUUUUUGAAAUUUAUAUGCCC